AUGACUUCCAAUCAACUCAAUUCUAGUAGCAACUGCUUUUUCACUAUGUUGCCUCUGGAACUUCACUAUUUAAUUGCAAAUUAUCUUUCUGUAAAGGAUAUUAUCUCUGUUUCCAAAACUUGUCCUGAUCUUCAGAGAAAAUAUUGGCCCAUGGCAUGGAAAAAUGUUCUUGUAGAUCGAAGGACCUCAGCUUUAAAUAUUAAUCCUAAAGAUCGCCUAAACAUCCCUAUUACGGCUCUUUAUCAAAAGCUUGAUCAUAUCCCAUACGGAUGGAUCGAAUCAAUUGAGUUUGGUAAUCCUAACAAUAACUUUGGUAUUGAAGCUCUUGAAAUAAUCUCCAAACAAACAUCUCUUCCAUAUAACAAAAAGUUGUUUCCCAAAUUAAAAAAGAUUAUUGUGAAUCUUAAUUACUUGUCAAGUAGCCAAUUUUUAAAAAAUGAAUGGGUUCGAUCAUUAUUAUUUAUGGAAGGGAAGCCAGGGUGGCCGGAGGUUGAGAUCAAACACCCCGAUCUUUGGCAAUUAGAUUAUCAAGCUCAAAUAUCAGACCCAAUUGAUCUAAUUGAUAAUUAUAAAGGAAACAUAUUGGAAGUUUACAAUAGAUUCAUUUCCAAAACUAGUCUCACACAAUACGCCACUGAACUAUUGUUUUCCAAAUAUGAUAAAAUCAUUUGCUAUUCAAAGUUGCGCUCAUUGAGCAUUAUUGUUGAUAAUAGCAGUAACUUUUCACUUGCUAAAAUUCUCCCCAGUAAUACCCCUAAUCUUGAAGAACUUGAAAUCAUUUGGGAAGUAAACGAUUUGUUAAAUCCUAAUAAAAAUGUUCCUUUAGCCAUUGUGUCACUCAACAAGGUUAACAAUAACUUUAACCGUAAAUUAUGCAAAUGCACAUUGGUGAUUCCACAAAACAAAUAUCAAUAUAGCAACGAACCACGUGAACCAACUAAUGAGGUUAUUGUAAAUUCACCAAUUGUUACACACUUUGUAAAUAAAGCAACAUCGUUAAAUCUUUUGCAAUUCUACCGUUCGUUUCAAUUCCCAAAUCUUGACAAUGUGUCAUUGAUAGUCUCCGACUACCAAAGAAACUAUCAACCUGGUUUCAUGUAUUCUGGAUGGGACAAAGAGAAACAAUGGAAAUUUUCCACGCUUGAACUUGUGGUUCAUCCUUCUUCUCGUCUCGAUACUGAAGAAAUGAGAUUUUACCGACAACUCAUUCAAAGUACACAUGUGAAGAAUCUUAGAUUACAACUUAGCUCUAUAUUUUGGACUUACUCCAAGCCGUUUACGGGCAUAGCAUAUGAGCUACCACUUUGGUCUAGACAAAAAUCAAGUGAAAUUAUUAAGAGUUCAUUAAUUGAUAAUCCUUGUAAUGAUUAUGAUUACCCUGGGUUCAGAAAAUUAAUGCCUGUACUUUUGAGACUUCGCAAAAAUAACAUCAUCACUCAGUAUCAGUUUACUGAAUUUAUUGAGUGUCAACGAAAUUUGGCUCAAGAUAUUAUGUGUGUCUUUUCAUCUUCUUUACCCCCACUAAACUUCACUCAAAAGAAUAUUGAAAACUAUUUGAGCUUAAACAGUAAAAAGUAUUGUUGUGAAUCAAAUCGUCUUCCUGAAGGUGAGGAUGUUUUUGAAAAGAUUAUUGGGCUUGCUGGAGGAUCAAACGGUAUCAAUUAUUUGAAUAUUGAUAUUAUUGAUUACAAAUUACGAUCUCCUUCUGUUGAGUUAAAAAAGAUCAUUAAGAAUCCAUCUCCUAAUCUCAAGCAAGUUUUUACAACUUUUGAAAUUUUGCAGUGUGAAAAGACGAGAGAGUUUUGGAAAAAUGAGAUUCCAAUUGUUCCAUAUGUUUCAUACUUUUAUGGCAAUCAUAAACCAAAUGGAAGAAGUCAAGUAGGAGCGUGUUAUGAUUUGCACCGUAAGGUGACAUAUGUUGAUAAGUUUAUAAAAUUAUCACGUCGGGGUAAUUGCACAUUUGCAAUGGAUUCAAUGAAACAAGCCAACCGUGGUUUCUAUGGAUGGAUUUAA